AUGAGUGAGCAUCAGGAUAUGGACGCAGUAUCUUCGAAUACUGAAGAAACACCUAAACUUGAAAAAGUUGAGGAAAAUGCCAUUGCUGCUGAAACAGCAAAUACUAAUAUUGCUGAUUCUGUAGAUAAUUCAGAAACAACUUCAACAGCAGAUAAUACAUCUAAUCCUCAAAAGCGUCCUCAUGAUGAGCAAGUAAACCAGGAGGAAAAUGCAAACGUAGAAGAUUACGACGAGGAUGAUUUUGAUGAUGAUGACGACAAUGAUGAAGAAGAUGAAGAUGAAGAAAAUCCUACAAAGAAACAGCGUCGUGAAAGAAAUAGAUUCUUAGAUAUUGAAGCCGAAGUCAGUGAAGAUGACGAAGAUGAAGAAGACGAAGAAGAAUCCGAGUUAGUGAAGGAAGGUUUCAUUGCGCGCGAUGAUGAACAUGAAGAUACUUCUGCAAACAAUAGAGAUGAUAGAUUACAUAGGGAAUUGGAUAGCAACUUGAACAAAUCUAGUGAGGAGGAUGCUCAACGAUUAGCUAAAGAAUUAAGGGAAAGGUAUGGUAGAUCCAGCUCAAAACAAUAUAGAGCGGCUGCACAAGAUGGAUAUGUCCCACAAAGAUUUCUUUUACCAAGUGUCGAUACAGCCACCGUUUGGGGUGUUCGUUGUAGACCAGGUAAGGAAAAGGAACUUGUGAGAAAGCUAUUAAAGAAAAAGUUUAAUUUAGAUAGAGCAAUGGGUAAAAAGAAACUGAAAAUUUUAUCUAUUUUCCAAAGAGAAAAUUAUCAUGGUAGAAUUUAUAUUGAAGCACCAAAGCAAUCUGUCAUUGAAAAAUUCUGUAAUGGUGUACCAGAUAUCUACAUUUCACAAAAGCUUUUGAUUCCAGUCCAGGAACUUCCUUUAUUACUAAAACCAAACAAAUCUGAUGAUGUUUCUUUAGAAGCAGGAAACUACGUUCGUAUUAAAAGAGGUGUGUAUAAGGGAGAUUUGGCUAUGGUUGACCAGAUCAGUGAAAAUAACUUAGAAGUCUUGUUAAAGAUUGUUCCACGUUUAGAUUACGGUAAAUUUGAUGAAAUUGAUCCUGUGACAAAUCAACGAAAACCAAGAAGGGCUACUUUUGCGCACAGAUCUCCUCCACAGCUGUUUAAUCCAACUAUGGCAUUAAGAUUAGAUCAAGCAAAUCUUUUCAAGAGAGAUGAACGUCAUUUUACAUAUAAAAAUGAAGAUUAUAUCGAUGGUUAUCUGUUCAAGUCUUAUAGAAUUCAGUAUGUUGAAACAAAAAGCAUACAGCCAACUGUUGAAGAAUUAGCUAGAUUUGGUUCUAAGGAUGGUACUGUUGAUUUAACAAAUAUUUCACAAACAAUCAAGAAAUCACAAGCAUCUAAAAUUACGUUCCAGCCAGGUGAUCGUGUGGAAAUUUUAACGGGUGAACAACGUGGUUCUAAGGGUAUAGUUACUAAAACUACAACCGAUAUAGCUACCGUAAAACUACCAGAAUUUCCGCUAAAGCCACUUGAAUUUCCUAUCUCUACAUUAAGAAAGAUUUUUGAACCUGGUGAUCAUGUCGCUGUUAUAAAUGGUGAUCACCAAGGUGAUGCUGGUUUGGUUUUAAUGGUUAAUAGGGGUCAAGUUACUUUCAUGUCUAACCAAACGAGGCAGGAAGUCACCAUCACAGCUAACAAUUUAUCUAAAUCCAUCGAUUCCACUCCCACUUCAAGUGAUUAUUCUCUACAUGCUAUUAUUGAACUUAGUGCGAAAUCAGUAGCAUGUAUCAUUCAAGCAGGUCACGAUAUAUUCAAAGUUUUGGAUGAAUAUGGGAAAGUAUUGACUAUAACCAAGGAUUCCAUCUUGCGUAAAAUUGAGCCUUCUAAAGUCCGUGUUGCUACCGUAGAUAGUAAUGGUAAUGAAAUUAAGAUCGGUGAUUUAAUAGUGGAAACAUUGGGUGCUCGUAGAGAAGGUCAAGUGCUCUUCAUUCAAAAUCAACAGGUAUUUGUUGUUUCAAAGAAAAUUAUUGAAAAUGCUGGUGUUUUUGUGGUAAACUCAUCAAAUAUUGAGGCUGUUGCAUCAAAGGAUAAUAUUUUGAACGACAAGCUAGAUUUAACAAGAUUAAAUCCUAAUGUCAUAUCAAAGAUGGGUCCACCUUCUGCUGGUGCUCCGGCUCAGAACCUUCGUAUGGGUCGUGAAGUUGCCAUUGGUAAAACAGUGAGAAUUCGUUCGGCAGGUUAUAAAGGCCAAUUAGGUAUAGUCAAAGAUGUCAACGGUGAUAAAGCUACAGUUGAAUUACACUCUAAGAAUAAACAUAUUUCUAUUGACAAACGUAAACUGACUUAUUAUAAUAGAGAAGGUGGUGAAGGUAUUACAUAUGAUGAAUUGGUCAGUAGACGUGGAAGAGUCCCACAAGCAAAGAUUGGUCCAAGUUACGUUAGUACUCCAAGACAUAUGGCCGCAGGUCGUGAAUUUCCAUCUGGCCCAGGCCAAGGUGUUACUGCAGGUGGCAUGACCCCCGGUUGGAAUAACUCAUUUGAUGGUGGUAAGACGCCAGCAGUUAAUGCAAACGGAAAUACAGGCAGUACUUCAGCAUGGGGCGGUGCAUCAACUUGGGGUGGACAGGGCUCUGGUGGUGCCUCUGCAUGGGGUGGUCAAGGUGGCGGAACCUCAACUUGGGGUGGACAAGGUGCUACUUCAACUUGGGGAGGCGCCUCCGCUUGGGGUAAUAAAUCAAGUUGGGGUGGUGCCUCAACUUGGGCUCAAGGCGGAGAAAACAACGGUAACGUGUCAACAUGGGGUGGUGGUGAUAAGUCAGCAUAUGGUGGUGCCUCUACAUGGGGGCCAAAGAGUAGAAAUGAUAAUGAUAACACCGGAAGCACAUCAGCAUGGGGUAAUCCAGAUCAAGGAAAUAGAUCGACAUGGAACGAUCAAGGUAAUAAAUCAAACUAUGGAGGAAACAGUACUUGGGGUGGCAAUUGA